UUGAUCCUACAUAUAUGACAUGAUCCCUGGGCACGUGUGAAUCAGUAACAGGCUCAUAUCCAAGCCACAGACAAAUCGCAAACAAAUAAAUACUCACUGAUGAUUUAGCAGACUUCUCAAACUUUCAUUACUGAAGCCUGCAAGGUUUACAGAAUUAGAAAAUAGUGAGAAAGGAUAGAGAUCAGUAUUAGGGAGUCAUAGUGCAAUAUUGUAUAGCUGCUGGGUCCUACAUAAGCUGUCUACUUUUAAAAAUAUGCCUUUUGUUCCUAGGAAUAGACGAUGGUUUUUUUGGAAUAAGCAGCCUAGGUAAUGGGGAAGAAUGGCUGCUUCCUCUCUUCUUCUUUGGUUUCUUCUACCCUUGGUGGAGUAGUAGAAGAGGACAAGAAUGCCAAUAGAGCAAAACAAAAGGCAUCUGUUUCGUCUUUCCCUCUUAGUUGUCUCCUUAUAACUCUUGCUUUUGUCCUUCGUUUGGACCUCCAACUGUGGGGUGGUUGAAGAAUGACAUGCUGUUCUUGAUCCUUGAGGUUGUCUACUUCAAAUCAUGACACAGAGUAUGAGCAUGUCCUUGCUUUUAGCUUUAUGCCAACCUUUGUGUUCCAUUUAGUAAGACACCAUCCUGGUGAAUAGCAUGGUUCAGAUCCCACUGAAGAUGAACGAAAAGGAUUUCAAAUUCAAGCUAUAAAUAUGCUAUCUGCAGAGAGCAACUCACGGCAUAAUAGGCACUCUCGCAAUGAUUCUUCCAUAAAGCACAAAAGUGGCUAUGAACCUUCAGACACAGAGACCGAGUGGCAUGAAAGCCCUUGGAACGAUGGAGUAUUAACAUCAGAGAGGACUCGUCUUCCUAAAGAUCCUGGUAGGAAUGGCCAAGUUGGUAUUAGGAGGCAAAACAUAUCCCCUAACCGCGCAAGAGAUUAUAAUGUUGAGAAAACUUCAAACUUGAGGUACAGUCGUACACCUCCCCGAGUAACAGAACAAAGGCGCCAACCUUCUUCACAUGUGUCUGGAAAGAAUGAAUCACGUAAGAAGAAUAGCCGGACGCCUCCCAGAUUUCGUUCCUCUAUGGAAAGCUUUAGUAAAUCAUCAAUCAAGGCAAGGUUUUCGCGCAAUCGAUCAGUUUCUACACCAAAACUACGGCCACAAGAGAAGGAACUACCUGCUAGAGCUCCUGCAUUUCCUGGCACUAAUUCUGUCUCAACAUAUCCAGCCAAAGAAGCUGUUGACAAUAUAGAAGAAGAUUCGCAUGCAGAAAAUUGUUCCCGGGAGAUCAACUCAGAAAAUUGUUCCCGGGAGAUCAAUGAGUUGAUCGCAAAUGGCAAGUUGCCUAAUUCCAGAUAUAAUGAGUAUGCAUUUACAAGCACAGAGUCGAUACCUACAGGUGACAUCUUCUUCUCCCGCGAUUGUAGGGCACCACUAGAGAAAACAUCAACAAAGCAUAGCAAUAUUGACGAAUCACUUACCAUGCAUCCAAAUGCCCAUGCUGAGAAUGGAGGUGUUACUCAAGAAAAUAGCAGUAAUUUAGGCCAGCUGUCACAAUUUGUUUCAGCCCAGACAGGUCUAUCGCGUACAACUACAAAAUCCAGCUAUGCUACUGGCCGCCAUUCCCAAAUAAGCAGCACUACCACUUUGAGUAGCCCGUAUAGUGGUGGCAGAUUAAGUGGAGAGAGUGGAAAGUUUAGUGAUUUCACUGGGAAACUAGUUGGAGGCGUCGUGAAAUUCACAUCUAGCAAAGUGCAAAAUGAUGCUUGGCUUCCAUGCAUGACCGGCAAGGCAUGCCGGAAGCCAAGAACGCCAAACAACAAAACAAAAGAUGAAUCUGAAUCAAGUUUCAUUCAGAAGGCACUUGUUGUUGAGAAGAUUAGACUUUUGUGGGCUGAUAAACAUCGUCCACGUAAUUUAAAUGGAUUUACUUGCCACAGGGAGCAAGUUCAGCAGCUUAAACAAUUGGUCUCCACGGAGUUUUGCCCACACAUCAUUUUCAAAGGACCUCCAGGAUCAGGAAAGAGGUCUUUGUGCAGAGCUGUCCUCACUGAGAUAUUUGGUGAUUCCUCUCUGAAUGUCUCUCACUAUUUGAAGAGCUGCAAUGGGCAGGGAUCUUCAUCUGUGCCCAUUCUUGUGCCAGUGUCAUCAAGCAAUCACCAUGUGGAACUCAACAUGAGGUCUCAAUCCAAGAACGCUAGAUACGCUUUGAUGACUCUAGCAAAUGAAAUGUCAGAUAAGCGUAAAAUCACUGAACCAGUUUUGAGAAAGAACUUUAAAGUAAUUGUUCUCUAUGAUGUUGAUAAAGUCAGCGAGAAUAAUCAGCGGUUGAUAAAAUGGAUACUUGAUUCCUCCUCUGAUGCUUGCAAGAUAAUAAUGACUUGCCAGGAUGAAUCUAAUCUCAUAGAUUCUAUAAAGAGUCGUUGCAAGCUUAUUACAAUUGGUGUGCCCAGUACACGUGAGAUUGUGGAUGUCCUUACUUAUAUAUCAAAAAGAGAGAGUUUUGAUCUUCCUUCAAGUUUUGCUACUACCAUUGCAAGUCAAUCCAGACAGAACUUGAGGGAGGCCAUACUGGCGUUGGAGGCAUGUAAAGCCAACAAUUAUCCCUUCAUUGAUGGACAAGCUAUACCACUUGGAUGGGAGGAGGUUCUGGAGGAACUUUCCGCAGAAAUUUUGGAUGAUCCUGCUCCCAAAAGGUUAUUCUUGGCACGAGGCAAGCUCCAGAAGCUCCUGGUGGAAUUUGUACCUCCUAAGCUAAUACUCCAGAAGCUUGUAGAACUCUUCCUGAAGGGGAUUCAGACUAGUGUGAAGAGGGAGGUCUACUACUGGCAUGCCUACUAUGAUAAGCGGUUGCCAGUCGGUGCAAGUGCUCUGCUGAAAUUGGAAGAGUUUGUUGCCAAGUUCAUGAGCAUCCACCGCAAGAGCUUGUCAGUCAGCUCACAAUGAGUCCAAGAUUCCGGAGAUGGCGCGGUGAAAAUGUGAAAAGGACGGAACAACCAAACGCAAGCACGUCCGAAUGUGGUUCAGCUGUGUCGAAAUCCUGUCUGUGUUAUCACCUAUCGGUCAUUGACUCAUGGUGCGUCUUUUUCUGGUUCCAUGGUACUAUGGUCGUACGUCCUGUCUGUGUUGUGCAGUUGGUAUAUGGUGCAUACCCUUUUCUUUUCUUUUUUCUUUUUUGCCUCCGCAUAGCCACGUGCAUCAUACUAUGAAUAUGGACAUCGAAUAAGUGCCUAUACCUUCUCUAGUGGCAACGCGUUGUUGCAAACAUAUGCUCGGGAGACAUAAUACGUAAUUUGUUGUUGUAUUGCGAAA